UCUCUCCUCCCACCCACCAUUCUGUAUACGGUCACCAUGCAGCGAGCUGUGUCGCUGUCUCUCUCCGUGUCCCAGCGCCUGUUGGCCGCCGCUGCCCGGACCCCGACCCGGAGCCUCCACUCAGCCGCUCGCCGGCCGGCCCAGGACCUCGGCACCCCCGCCCGGGGCAGCCCUGCCCCAGCCCCAGCCUCAACCCCAGCCCCCGCGGCCCGGGACGAAUGUUCACCCUACAGACUACAGGGCCGGAUACCCUCAGCCUACGACAGAAAGGUUCUGCUAUGGGUGGGACGGUUCAAGAGGGACCAGGAUAUACCAGAAAUUGUCUCCAUCGAGAUGCUUCACGCAGCAAGGAACAAGAUAAGGGUACAGAUCUGCUACCUGAUGAUCGCCCUGAGUGUGGGGGCCUGUGUGGUGAUGGUGGUUUCGGGCAAGAAGGCUUUUAAACAACGUGAGAACCUCACCAAGUGGAACCUGGAGAAGAAGGCCAAGCUGAAGGAGCAGUACAUGCUGGAGCACGGGACUGUGGCUGACAAGACCCAGUAACUGACGGACAUUCAGCAGCAUCUAAAGCUCACGGUGCUGGGACAACUCGGGCAGCAGCUCCGCAGAAACAACACCAGUGAUGACACGGGUCAGGACCUUCCUUCAGACUCUGGGGGUAGAAGAAACAUCUUCUGGUCCGGACCCAAAACCUCACCUGUCAUUGAUCCCCAGAGAUGCUGCCUGGGCCGCUGAGUUGCACCCGCACUUUGUGCCUUAUCUUUGGAACAAACCAGCACCUGUAGCCCCUUGUGUCUGUGUCGUUGGUUGAAGCAGGUAUUAUCCACACUGGAUGUGGAUCUCAUCAACAUCUCCCUGUGUUCAUUCACUCUCACAUUUAAACCCAACCCCUGUGGGAUAUUCCCUUUGCCCCUGCCCCCACCCUGGACCUGCUGCUGUCAAGCAACACAUCUACUGGUUCCCCACCAUGCCUUGACCUUCAAAUCCCACCCUCUCCCUGCAAAGGGUCCCAACAUGUCACUUGUCCAUGUUCGCCAAAGAUGCUGCCUGACCCGCUGAGUUACUCCAGUCUACUUUGUGUCUUGUUUUUUUGUAAGCCAGCAUCUGCAGUUCCUUUGUCUCCUUAUUAACUGCAUUGAUGAGUUUUCCACUCACUGAGGGAUUAGAGGUUUAUUUUCAACUGCACCCAAACCAUGUUCAGUUCACAGCCUUGUUCAGCUCAUGGUCUCUGCUCUGGUAACAUUAGUUCACAUAUAAGACAGUCUCACAUCAACUAUUGGGCGGCACAGUGGCGCAGCGGGUAGAGUCGCUGCCUCACAGCACGAGAGUCCCAGGUUCGACCCCGACCUCGAGCGCUAUCUGUGUAGAGUUUGCACGUUCUGCAUCCUAAAGACGUGCGGGUUUGUAGGUUAAUUAGCCUCUGCAAAUUGUCCCUAGUGUGCAGAGAGUGGAUGAGAAAGUGGGAUAACAUAGAACCGAUGUGAAGGGAUGAUCGAUGGUCGGCAUGGACUCGUUGGGCCGAAGGGCCUGUUUCCGUGCUGUAUCUUUCAACUAAGCAAUCAAACUAUCUUCGGCACUAUUUCUACUUUUACAUUUGAUGAAUAUUUCAGGUAUUUUGUUUGUUUUACCGGGAGUCUGUUCUGUUGUAAAUCCAGUUUGCGAUGCCUGCCGUACACUUCAAUGUUCGUUGAUGUGAGCGCAGCUGCCAGCGUUCCACAUAGAAUAUUGAAGAGUGAGGCUGCAGGUACCUCACCUCAGUCCACCACAGCAGCAUCUUCACACACACACACUCCUCACCCCGUCUCCAACACUCAAAAUAUUAUUAUUCAUUAAAUCACUUUAUUGUUUGUUAGAAAUUCGAGUUUGAUAUAUUUUUGUGAAAAUCUGAGUAAAGUAUUAUCUGUA